AUAGCAGAUUGGCUGUAAUAAAGGCAUGAUGAAGUGAACCCUUCUCUGUGCUUCAUGGCCGUUUCAUACUUUCACACUGUUCAGUUAACAGCUGCAGACGUGUUUUCAUAAACUAAUCCGAAUUUAAUAUAUUUUCUGUAUAUACUAUGUUUAAGAGGAUGGCUGAGUUUGGUCCAGAUUCAGGAGGACGUGUGAAGGGAGUGACGAUUGUGAAGCCCAUUGUAUUUGGAAAUAUUGCCCGGUAUUUUGGUAAGAAGAGAGAGGAGGAUGGUCAUACUCAUCAGUGGACUGUCUAUGUGAAACCUUAUAGGAAUGAGGAUAUGUCUGCUUAUGUCAAGAAGAUCCAGUUCAAACUUCAUGAGAGCUAUGGAAAUCCAUUAAGAGUGGUCACCAAGCCGCCGUAUGAGAUCACCGAGACUGGCUGGGGAGAGUUUGAGAUCAUUAUAAAAAUCUUCUUUAUUGACCCAAAUGAGAGACCGGUCACCCUGUAUCACUUGCUGAAGCUGUUCCAGUCGGACUCUAGUGCCAUGCCCAAGAAGACCGUUGUCUCUGAGUUUUAUGAUGAGAUGAUUUUCCAGGAUCCCACAGCAAUGAUGCAGCAGCUCCUGAACACCACCAGGCAACUCACGCUGGGGGCCUACAAACACGAGACAGAGUUUGCGGAGCUAGAGAUGCGGACGCGAGAGAAGCUGGAAGCAGCGAAGAAGAAAACAAGCCUGGAGAUUACGGAGCUGAAGGAGAAGCUAAAAGCCUCCAGAGAAAACAUCAACUUCUUGAAAGAGGAGAUACGCAAAUUGGAGGAGGAAGACCAGAUUAAGGAACACUGAGGAUACACAAACACGCAGUGUGGCAGAAGUAGAGGACGUUUGUCAUGGAUGGAAUGAACUCAUGUUUUCCAUUCAACAAGUAUAUAAUUAGUUUUUUUUUUUUCUUUAAAGAAAUAACUCUUUCUACAGUGGACUUUUUUGUAUUGUUCAAAAAAGAAAGCAUCUUUUUCUUCUUAGGUGCAUCAUCCCAACUUCACUUCUUCUCAAAUCUUCUGUGGUGUAUGUCUGAGAUGUACAUUAGAAACACAGCAUUCUGUGUAAAGGGAAUUUCCACCGGUUUUUCAAAAUAUAUUUUGAGCUGCCUUAUUCAGUGGUUGAGAUAUAAACAUGUGUAUACAUGGUUUAUUGUAAAAUAGUGUAAAGAAAUUUACUGACUCAGAUUUCUUUACAAUGGUGGUGGUGAGAACCAGGGGUUGUAAUGUCUACAGUACAAUGUACGGUCCAAAACAAACAAGGAAGUGUGUUUUUAUAUGUAACAUUGAUGAUGAUAAAAUAGUAGUAAAUCUAAAUUAAUAUUAAUUGCUUUGGGCACCAUUUUGCCAUAAAAUGUCCUGCAUGUGACAGCUGGGAUAGGCUCCAGCAGCCCGCUGCGACCCAGAAGGAUACACGGUUUAGAUGAUGUGUGUGUGUGUGUGUGUGUGUGUGUGUGUGUGUGUGUGUGUGUGUGUGUGUGUGUUCUGCAUGUAUCUUUUCACCAUGAAUGUAUUUUAAGAAUAUCUUUUGGGCCAAAACUUUCAAAUCUAAACAAUAGCAGUGCAUUCACGAAUAUUUCAUAUAAUAGCUGUCUAUGAGAGAGUUUUUAGCGACAUUAAACUUUUCAGAUGUUUGGUGGUUAUCACCACCAUCUUUGAACAA